CAUCCCACCAUCCCACCAUCCCACAUCACUUCGUCUCGAAAACCCUACACAACCACACAUUACGCACCUCGAUCCGUAUCGCAACGAUGGGAAAGCCUCCAAAUCUUUUCGCGUUCAACACGGCCGACGAGCUCGCAGUCAGCCUUCGAGCCUUCGUCAUCGACGCCCAAAAUUCUGCACUCGACCGCCACGGCGUCUUUAGGGUCGGUGUUUCUGGUGGAUCUCUUCCCAAAGUCCUCGCAAAAGCGCUGCUAGGCCAGGUCGAUGGCACCAACCCCCUUGAUUUCUCGAAGUGGGAGAUCUUUUUCGCAGAUGAACGCGCAGUCCCGCUAGAUCACGACGAUAGCAACUACAAAGCCGUGAAGGACGAGUUACUCGACAAAAUCCCGACAGAGCUGGGCACCCCCAUCGUACAUCCAAUCGAUGUGAAGUACUUGGACGAUAUUCAGGAAAUGGCCGACCAGUACGAGCAGACCCUGGUGCGAUCCUUUGCUGCCAGAGACAGCGUUCGGACUCCCAUGUUCGACUUACUUCUUCUCGGCUGCGGUCCCGACGGUCAUACCUGCAGUCUAUUCCCUGGCUCUCCUCUUCUGCGAGAUGACAGUGCCUGGGUUCUCCCGAUCAGCGACUCCCCAAAGCCACCGCCAAAGCGUAUCACCCUCUCUCUUCCCGUCGCAGGACACGGUAUCAAAAUCGGGUUCGUAGCCACUGGAGCAAGCAAGAAGGAGAUCUUGCGGCAAAUCUUUGACACAGAAGAGGGUCAUCAGCUACCGUGCGGACUCGUGAAUGGUCUGGGCCAGGAACGAGUGAGCUGGUUUGUCGACUACCCUGCCGUGGAAGGUGUCUCCUUCCCUGCACGUCGAGGAAGUCUUUGAUGCCCACUCUACAGCACGACAUGACGACAGCAUAGGCGCAGAUAAUAGCCACGGAGUUUGGGAACACUGAUUUUGUGCGAUAAGCGCAGCGAUAUCCAAUUCACACAGGGAGGCAGGAUCGCUUCUCUGGUUCAUAGAUUAGGGACAGGUCAAUGUCGCUUGCGAUGGGUGACCAUAGUUCACAACUGACGUUGAACCGAAAUACAAACUACAACCACAUUAAAUGCUCUAUAUGCUAUUCAAG